GUGGAAAAUCAGGAAGAAAAGGGAUAGACAGACAUAUUCUUCUUUAUAAAAAUGUUCGCAAAGAACUUGAUAAAUUUUUCUUUGUCAGUCUUGAACUAGAUAGAACCUUGGGAUAUGAGGAUGAAGAAGAGGAAGAAUAA